AUGAGUAAAAAGCUUAGUGAUUAUGACCUUCCAAAUGUCAGUGCACACAUCGAUUUACAAUCAAGAGGCCAUCGUGAGGUGCAAGAAGAAUACUCUAUAAAUGUGGAAUAUGAAGACUUACAUGCGCGAGACUCUCUCAAUCCAGACCAGAAGUUUGCAUAUGAUGAGAUAAUGAGGCAUGUGGAUCAAAAUAUUUCGGGUGUGUUCUUCAUAGAUGGUCCCGGUGGAACUGGAAAGACAUUUUUGUACAAAGCUUUGUUGGCCAAUAUUCGUGCCCGUGGUCUUAUUGCACUUGCAACUGCCACGUCAGGUGUUACGGCUAACAACAUGCCAGGAGGGAGAACAGAUCAUUCACGAUUUGGAAUUCCCCUCAAUCUUGAUAAUAACUCGAUGUGCAAGAUCACUAAACAAAGCGGGAAGGCUCAGAUACUUCGCAAGGCAAAGGUAAUCAUAUGGGACGAAGUAGCAAUGGCUAAGAGGCAGGCAGUAGAAGCAGUUGAUCGGACAAUGCAAGACAUCACAUAUGAGAAGCUCCCUUUCAGUGGAAAGAUAAUGGUUAUGGGAGGUGACUUUAGACAAGUGUUUCCGGUCGUGAGACGCGGCACUCGAGCACAAAUUGUUGACUCUAGCUUAUGA